UAAUCUACCAAAAAAAAAAAAGGUCUGUGGUCAGAUGUCAGAAAGAAGUGUUGUAAUUCUUGGGGAUUUUUGUGUUUUGUGCUGUUUUAUAAACCAAUAAAAGCUUUUCAACAACUGUAAUCAUCAUUUAUUAUUUUAUGGAGUCUGACGGAGAGAAUUCAACCAAUUUAGCAGAAAUGUCUUCCAAAGGCGUUGACAGCGAAACCUCUAGACUUGUAUCUACCAACACCAACGCAAACCCCAGUUAUUUAAAUAUAAUUAGCAAUAUAAGCGCUUUGACAUUUAUUGGAAUAAUCACAUAUUGCUGUUUUAAAGACGGCGUCAAUCUUUUCUCAUUCCACCCAACUUUAAUGGCUUUCGGGUGGAUCUUCAUAAUGACAACAGCUGUAAAUGCAAUAACACCUGGAGAUAUGGCAACCGAAUGGAUGCCAAUACGUCUAAGAAGUGCUCGUCACUGGCUUUUGCAGGUUAUUGGUGGUAUUGUCCUUCUGGUAGGGUUUUUAGUUAUAUUAGUUAAUAAAAUUGUCAAUGAAAAACCACAUUUUGCGACUCUUCAUGCAAAAUUUGGUUUGGCGUCUUUGAUAUUUAUGGUAUUAACUAUGCUGGGAGGAUUGGGCGCAUUGUACAGUUUAAAGCUAAAGGCAUAUCUUGCCCCCAUAUAUACAAAACUAUUACAUGCUUCUGUUGGGCUUAUAACUUUCACUUUAGGUAUUAUCACUAUAUGUCUCGGCUUGUUCUCACAGUGGUGGUCAAAAGUAGGAGAUGAUAUUUUGAGAUACAUAUCUCUGGUUUUGGUUCUAUUGGUUAUGAUAUUUACAGUUUUAAGACCUACAUUAAAAAUUUAUUUUCGUCUCAAAGAAAGGUUGGAAAAUUCAAACUAAAGUCAUGAAAAGUUAUGAGGUAUGCCAAAUCAAUCUAUAACAGUAUAUUCUUGUGGAAAUGAAAUCUAAUUUUGUGUUAUUAUUGUGAUAAUCUUAGUUUUAAGUGAAGCAAGUUUUAUAAUAUUUUUUAUAUUAUAUUUAUAAACUUACCAGUGGCUCAAAUUUCUAUUAUAGAACAUCAUUGUUAACUGAAAAUGUUCAAUAAUUUUCUGGGUGCCGAGUAUGAGUUUUCACAUUGUUUGUUAUGAAAUGAAUUUUAGUAAGGAUUCCAAAACAUUCAUAUAAUUUUUUUAUUGCAAUUGUUAACAAACAUUACAACUCAUACCAUACUGAAACAUUAAAUAAAUAGGCUAUUUAUAUCAGUGAAAAUAUUUUUAAACUUCAUAGAAAUGGAAUAUAUGUUGCUGAAUUGUUGUGAAUAUCAUUACUUUCAAAAAUUUGUCUUGUGUCAUAUUAAAAACCAUUUACUACAUAAUUUCCAGACCAUUUCACAGACUGCAUUUUGUACACUGAUUGGUUAAACACUCCCAUCUUUUAUGCAUGAUCAUGUUAUUUGUUAUGUAUUAUAUUGAUUUCAAAUUUAUUUAUUUACACAUAAUCAUACAACACAUUAUAGAAAUUUAUAAAACAACACACACAUAACAUCGGAAUUAUUUAAUAAUUUUCCUUAUAUUGUUAUUUCAUUUUCAACUUAUUUAGAUUUUUGUUUUGUUAAAUUUAAUAAAUGAGAACACAUUUAAAUAUCAUAUUGGUUUUUAUCAUAUUAUGAUAUCAAUGAUCAUAUUAUGAUAAAAACUAUAAUUAUAUUUAAAUAUGAUAUUUAAUUCAUUUACGUAAUACAAUGUGUAAGACAUUUAAAAGGUACCUUUUUGAAUUAUCAAAAAAGUGACCAUUACC